CUGCUAGCAGAGCUAGCUUGUUGUUGUUCUGGUGUGUGAGGAGAAUAUUUGAGGCUCUGCAGUAAAAAUGUCUUCACUUCAGUCUCUGGGAGAGUUGAUCAGCUAAAGCGACUAACUGCUGCUGCUGCAGAAAUCUUCUCACCAGGCUGUGGAAACUUUCUUCUCCUCCUCAACAACUUGGUGGAGUUCUUUCCAGAACCAGAGAAGAUAUUCUGCGGUCUUCGUGACAAUCGGAGCUCCAGAAUCAGGUUGUGGCUGUUAGCUAAACACGGCUAAAGAAAACCAGCUACCACUUCAGGAUCAUCCAUCAGCUGGGACUGAUUCAUCGUGUGUUCUUCACCACCUGGACCUGGACAGCAUGGACACAGAUGUUCAACAGCUGGUGCUGGUUAAAGAAGAAGAUCCUGAAGAACAGAGUGCUGGUGUGGACCAGCAGGACCCAGAACACCUCCACAUAAAGGAGGAACAGGAGGAGCUCUGGACCAGUCUGGAGGGAGAGCAUCUCUGUUUGAAGGAGGAGACUGAAGCUGUCGGGUUUCCUGUUACUGCUGUUUCUAUAAAGAGUGAGGAUGAUGAAGAGAAACCUCUGGUCUCACAGCUUCAUCAGCAGCAAAUAGAAGACAGAUAUGUUCCAACCAGCAGCUCAGCUGACCAGAUGACAGCAGAAACUGGUGGAGGAGCAGGAACUAGCAGGAACCCUCAUGAACAAACAUCUGAUUAUUCAGAGACUGAAGUUAAUGGAGAUGAUGAUGAUGAUGAUGAUGAUGAUGAUGGUGUGAAUCUGGACUCUGUGCUGUCAGACUCUGGGUCUGAAACUGGAGAUGAAGAAGAUGAUGACUGGAAUGAGAGCAGGUCUUCUGAGUCAGAUGAUUCAAGGAAGAGAGAGGAGGCGGAUGAGAAACCUCUGCUCUUACGUUUCCACAACCAUCCAAUGAAAGACGGAGGUGUCCCAAUCAGCAGCUUAGAUGGGCAGAUGACAGCAAAAGUUGGUGGAGGAGCAGAAACUAUCAAGAACCUAGAUCUGGACCCUAAUGAAAAGACAUCCGAUUCUUCAGAGACUGAAGUUGGUGGAGAAGAUGAAGAUGAUUUGAAUCUAGACUCUGAGCAUUCAGACUCUGGACCUGAAACUGGAAAUGGAGACCAUGGCUGUAAUGAGAAUAAGUCUUCGGAGUCAGAUAUUAAGACAGUCAACAAAUCAUUUAGCUGCCCUGUGUGUGGUAUACGGUUCCUCCACAAGUGGUCUCUUCAGGAACAUGUGAGAAUGACAAGUCAUUCAGCAGUAAAGUCUUCAGAGUGUUCGGUUAAUACAAAAUGUGUGAAAGAGAAGCAACAUGAAGGCUCAUGCAGAAAAGUCCAGAAACAACAGAAAUCAUUUAGUUGUGAUGACUGUGGGAAAAGAUUUAGCCUAAAGUCCAAUUUAACCCGUCAUAUGACAGGCCACACCGGGGAGAAGCCUUUUGCAUGUGACCUCUGUAGACAAAGAUUUAGCCAUAAAAAUAGUUUAAACUGUCACAUGAGAGUCCACACAGGAGAGAAGCCUUUUGCCUGUGAGCUCUGUGGAUACAGAUGUACCCAAAAGGCACAUUUAACUAUACACAUGAAAGUCCACACAGGAGAGAAACCUUUUGUCUGUGAGCUCUGUGGACAAAGAUUUAGCCAUAAACAUAAUUUAAACACACACAUGAGAGUCCACACAGGAGAGAAGCCUUUUUCCUGUGAGCUCUGUGGAUACAGAUGUACCCAAAAGGCAAGUUUAACUAUACACAUGAAAGUCCACACAGGAGAGAAGCCUUUUGCCUGUGAGCUCUGUGGAUACAGAUGUACCCAAAAGGCAAGUUUAACUAUACACAUGAAAGUCCACACAGGAGAGAAGUCUUUUGCCUGUGAGCUCUGUGGACAAACAUUUAGCCGUAAACAUAGUUUAAACACACACAUGAGAGUCCACACAGGAGAUAAGCCUUUUGCCUGUGAGCUCUGUGAUUACAGAUGUACCCAAAAGGCAAGUUUAAACUAUCACAUGAGAGUCCACACAGGAGAGAAGUCUUUUGCCUGUGUGCUCUGUGGACAAACAUUUAGCCGUAAACAUAGUUUAAACACACACAUGAAAGUCCACACAGGAGAUAAGCCUUUUGCCUGUGAGCUCUGUGAAUACAGAUGCACCCAAAAGGCACAUUUAACUAUACACAUGAGAGUCCACACAGGAGAGAAGUCUUUUGCCUGUGAGCUCUGUGAAUACAGAUGUACCCAAAAGGCAAGUUUAAACUAUCACAUGAGAGUCCACACAGGUGAUAAGCCUUUUGCCUGUGAGCUCUGUGGACAAAGGUUUAGCCGAAAGACACAUGUAAAGAGACAUACGCGCAUCCACACAAAACUUGAGGGAUUUAUUUAACAACAGUACUUCCAAAAUUACUAUUUUUUUUAUUACAACCUUAAUAUUAGUCUUGUACCUCUGCUCAACUGUCGUUGAUCAAGUCUGCACUCGGCCCUUGAGCCACCUCUUCUUUUGAUUUUCUUUUUCAAAUCUCCUUUGUUUUUUUAAACUCAGACCAUAACCAAACAUUUGAGAUGUUCAUUCGUGAAUACUGAAUACAAAAAAAUGUACCUAAAGAUUAAGAAAAAACUACUAUACCCUCCUGUAUUUAAGAAACAGACAACAGGCACAUGAUGGUUGUGGUACAUAACCCACUGCAAUUUAGAGCUGUUAGAUACUGGUGGCGUCUGCUUUAAACAAUUUAUCUGCAUAUAAAAUAAUAACAUACAAUGUUGUAAUAACUGCAUCUUAAAAAUAAUGUGUCUUUAUUCUUUUGGAGCCCCUAAGAAGAAAUCCCACCUUAAAGGCUGUAGCUCUGUCACUCUGUAACCAGUUGCCACCCUCAGUUAGGCUGUCCCCAUCUCUGCUGGGUUUUAAGAGUCACCUGAAAACCCACUUCCUUCGCUUGGCGUUCCCUGAACAUGUUUGAGGUCGGCCCUCUUUUAUGCUGAUUUUAUUCCCUGUUUUUAUUGGUCACUUUAUCCCUUGUUUUAUCUAUUGGUUUCUACUUCCAAUGUUUUAAUCCUCUUUGCACUAUUUUAUUUGCUUUUAUUAUCUAUUUAUUCAUUGUGAUUUGCAUUCCUUGUUUACUGUGUACAACGCCUUGGGCUCCCUGGCAGGAUUGUGGCACUUUGUAAAUAAAGCUUUGAUUGAUUGAUAUUAAAUGCCGCCCACAGGCUCAGGGAUUUCCGCAAUCCCGAGAAGUUCCUUGGAUGGGGGCUGGACCAAGAUGGCUGCAUGUUAAGUCCACUUGUACCGAGCUUUUAACAUCAAAUUCUUAAAAGGGGCAUAUAACUCGUUAAACUCCACUCAACGUUGAAGAACUUUAUCAGAAAAUUAUACUUAGACACGUUUGAUUAGUUUUUAUGACUGCACCUUGAACAGCACCAACAAAAUGUCCUAAAACUCAAGCCAGAAGAGAUCAUCUGAUGCUAGGGAUAACAAUGCUAACUCUUCUGCUGCUAGCUUUGACGAUAGCUUUGCUGGGGAUGCAGAAAUGGCCCUUCCAUGGAUGACGAAUUUCCACCACUACCAAUGACUCCAAGUAAGCCACCAAUUCCUAAAAAACCCAAUCGGAAUGAAUCUGAAGUAGUCACAGCAAUGGAAAAAGUCAAUUAUACAGUCAGCAAGCUGGCUAAUCUUUUCAACACCAGAUGUGAUGCUCUAGAGAGAAAAAUGGAAGCAACUUUCACCAAAAUGAAAGCUAUGACUGAAAAAGUGUACGAAAUCGAAAAAAGAGUUGGAAAACAUGUGGAGACCGUCACAUAAAUGGUGAAUCGUGUCUCUGAUUUGGAGAUAUACAGGCGACGAUGGAACCUGUGACUCUAUGGAGUAAUGGAACCGGAGGGGGAGAAUACCUGUGCUAAGGUGAUCGAGACCUGCCAGAAGGUGACACCGGAGGAAAAGGGAAAUGUCUCUGCCGCAACUGACAUUGCGCAUCGUGGUGGAAAAUGUUGCUUAAACGACGCAAGGCCCCGUGGCAUAAUUUUCAGAUUUAUCUCCAGGAGAAUAAGAGAUGCCAUUUGGAAAUCAGCGAGAAACUGUGCCUAUCUUAAGAACGAGGGUCUGAGCAUCAUUGGAGUGAAGCACAUGGAGUAAUAAAAGUGGGUCUAGAUCAGACUGCUUUGAAAAAAAAAUCACAGUUAAUAUUUGUCCUACGCCACUCACUGACCACAAAGCCAUGUCAAUUAAAAUAAACAUAUCCAGUGCUUCUAAACCCUUAACAAAUUGUGGUUACUGGAAAUACAAUAGUUCAUUAUUAAAUAUUAGUCUGAUCAAAACAGAAAUAAAGGACUUAAU